CUGCAGACACGGUUUCCCGCAUAACUCGGUCUCAAGUGGCGGCGGAAACGAACUACGAAAAACCAACCCGACCACCCUGUGUCUGCCUGGCUGUUUUGGCCGUGGUAGGCGAAUCGAGCAAAAUGGCCACUCCCAGUUUGCUCAGAAGUAACAAGAAAGCCGCCGCCGAAUGCGUCUCGGACGAUGCGCUUAUCCACCUCAAGACGUACAAAUAUUCGGCCGUCGACAAGUCGCCCGUCUCCAAUUACAUUCUUAAGCCCUACUGGAAUGCCUUCGUCGAGUUCCUGCCACUAUGGGUUGCCCCCAACAUGGUGACCCUGAUUGGGUUCUCCUUUAUUGUGGCUAAUGUCGGCCUCUUAUUGAUAUUCAUGCCAGAUCUGGUUGGCCCGGGUCCUUCAUGGCUAUACUUCAGUUUCGCUUUCGGCCUCUUCGCGUACCAGACGAUGGACAAUGUUGACGGCAAACAGGCGAGACGCACCGGAACCUCUAGCGGCCUCGGAGAGCUCUUCGACCAUGGCAUCGACAGUCUCAACUGCACACUCGCUAGCUUGCUCGAAACUGCCGCCAUGGGCCUGGGUACUACCAAGGCCGGUGUCUUCACCGCGCUAUGUCCCUGUCUGCCCAUGUGGUUCUCGACCUGGGAAACAUAUCACACCCACACCCUCUACCUCGGAUACAUCAACGGACCUACAGAAGGAAUCCUGAUCGCCUGCUUGCUGAUGGCGAUCAGCGGGUGGUAUGGCCCUGAAAUCUGGUCCGAAAGACUAGCCGAUAACCUCCACCUGUUCAGCUUCCUCGGGUUGAACGAAGAGAACCUGGGCGACACCUCCUUUCAGGACAUUUGGGUCUACUUCCUCAUUGGCGCCAUGUUCUUCCACAUUCCGUUUUGCAUCAUCAACGUAGUCAAUGCCCGCCUGUCGCGCAACGAGCCUCUUCUUCCGGUCUUCCUCGAGUGGACCCCUAUAGUCGUUUUCACGCUCAGCGUUGGCACUUGGCUCUAUAGCCCAUACUCGACAUUGAUGGAUGAGAACCACCUGGUGCUUUUCUGUGUUACCAUGAGCUUCGUCUUUGGCCGCAUGACCACCAAGAUGAUUCUCGCUCAUCUCACUAAGCAGCCCUUUCCCUACUGGACCGUCAUGCUCUGGCCUUUGAUCGGAGGUGCCUUGAUCGGAAACCUCCCUCGUUUCGGGCUUCCUGCUGUCACGGCGCAAUUCGAGCACCUUUACCUGUGGGCUUACCUGGCGUUUGCCUUCGUCGUCUACUCUCGCUGGGCCUGGUUGGUCACCACGAGCAUUUGCGACUUCCUUGGCAUCAACUGCCUUACCAUCCCCCUCGAGAAGCAGAUGGCCAACAAACAGAUCGCCAGGGAGAUCGCGGCGCAGGCUGCUGCCGCCGUCCCCGUGGGCCCAGCGAAGAAGGAUUAAGUAUAGCGCGUAAGCACAAAAGCAACGCAAAGACCCGAAAGUUCUUUUCUUGCACCUAUUUUGAAUCUGGCUUGGAUAGAAGCUUAGAGAUACUAGAAUCGAAUUACACCAUAGAGCGGCCGAAAAGGCUAGACUGGCGUGUGCAGCGUUACCUUUCGCAUAUAGAGCUCGGAAUGCAUCGGUAUCACGACAUAUAUAUCAGAUACCCUCAAGGUUAUGGGUUUAAUGUCAGGAAAGAUCAAG